AUGGAUGUAAAUCAAAUGUUACGCAAGGAUCAAGACAUCGAAGAAAAACGAAAAUCAACACAGACAUUUUCAAAAAUACCAAAUGAUAUACUAAUGUUUCGAGCACCUAAUAGUAAUCAAAAGAUAAUCGAUUUAAUUCAUACAUUUAUCCCAGAAAACAUAAAUAGAGCAUUAGAAAUGGGAUACAUGUGCGUAACAAUGCAACCAAACCUGUUUUGCGAGAUCGAUUACCCUGAUGAAACUUUUCUUUCAGUUUUAUAUAACAUUUUAGAAGGGAAAAUAGACUCAUACUCAAAGAAAGAUCCAUUUUCAUCAAUGGCAGCUUCAUUUUUAUAUAAUUUGUUCGGUUUUUACAAAGAUUUAUUUGAUAUUGAAUUCGAAAAGCAUCAAAACCUUUUAGAAUUAUUACUUGAAAAGACAAAUACAAGCGAAUCAUACAAAAGACUUCAUUAUUUCCUUUGCCAACAUGAAGAACAAAUUGAAAACGUAAUUGAGUUAGGAAUUCCCAACAAAGCAUAUCUAGCAUUAGAUAAUCAAUCUACAUAUCAAUAUUCAUUACAAGUUUUACAGUUAAUACGAGAACAUUUAGAUCAGGACACGUUAAUCGAAAUAUUUAAUAAAGUUGUUCAAUCAAUAGACUCUCUUACUGAUACAUUAUUCUAUACUUUAGAGUUUAUUCGAUCAUUGAUGCCUGCAUUCGCCGAAUUAUUGUUUUCUCGUCAAGAAUUUCAACAAAUGAUACAAAUUAUUCCAGAAAUGAACUUAUUCCAACUCAAAAAUGCAUGUGAAUUGAUUGAUGUUCUCGUUGCAUCAGAUACAGUUAAUUAUUUUUAUAAUAAUAAUAUAAUUGAAGUUCUUACUCAAGUUGUAGCUACAAACAUGGAGAAAACACCAACAUCCAUUUCUUUUCGUAUAUUAGCUAACGUAAUUUCAUUACACAAAACAGCAUUCAAUUUGGCUGUUGUUCCUCCUUUGGGAAACGUUUUACUCGACUUAGAAAACUAUUCUCAGUUUUUACAAACAUCGGCUUCUCGAGUUAUCGUUGCUCUUCUUGAAAAAAGAGAUAAUUCUUCAGUUAUUUCAUUUUUCAACAGCAAUGAUGUUAAUUUCUUUAGUAUAAUGGCUGAUGUUCUUUAUCGCGACUUCUGUGAAGAAACAUUUUUGGUUAUUCAGAUGUUUUUUGAUUUAGUUUCUGAAAUAAAGCUUGGCAAAUCAGCUUUUUCAGAAAAACUGCUUCCUAUUCUGAAUUCAAGUGAAUUCAAUGAGUCUUUGGAAUCAAUUUCUCAAUCAUUUGAUAAAGAAUCCGAAACUCAACAAAAUGCAUCAGUAUUAGCUGAACAACUACUGGAUUCCAUCAAUGGACUCUAA